AUGUCAGCAGUCGCAGAUGAAAUCACGGCCAAGCCCUACGACUACGUAAUCGUCGGUGGCGGCACCGCCGGCCUCACGCUGGCAGCACGGCUCUCCGAGAAUCCCAGCGUGACAGUAGCUGUCCUUGAAGCUGGCGAAGCGCAUCUGAAUGAUCCUCGGGUCAUGACUCCCGGCCUGGCUGUCUCGUUGUAUGAUGAUCCGGAGUAUGACUGGGGCUUUAAAACCGUUCCACAGAAACACUCCCUCGACCACGUCUUCGCAUGGCCCCGCGGCAGAGGUCUAGGCGGCUGCAGCAUGCUCAACUUCGGGGUCAUGACCUAUCCGUCGAAACGGGAGAUCGACAGUUGGGGCGCCCUGGGCAACCCGGGCUGGUCCUGGGACGAGCUGUUCCAUUACUUCCUCAAGUCGGAGACGUACCAUCCCCCGGCCGAGGGCACGACAGCCGCAUUGAACAGCGCGUACGUGGAACGGGAUGCGCAUGGGCACGACGGUCCCAUCCAGAUGUGCUUCACCCAGGUCUCGGGCCCAUUCAACGAAGUGUGGAAGCCGACGAUGGAGAAUUUGGGGUGCAAACUCAGCGGGGAUCCCAAGAAGGGAAUUGCCAUGGGUGCAUAUACGCACCUGCAUUCUGUCGAUCCGACAUCGCGCACGAGAAGUUAUGCGGUCACCGCAUAUUAUCUGCCCAAUGCGCACCGGAAGAAUCUCUCCGUUUUGACGGGGGCCAUCAGCACGAGGAUCAUUUUUGAGAAGGAUGGUGUCAAGGAAACCGACCUGAAGGCCGUCGGUGUCGAAUUCACACACAAUGGCACAUCACAUGUUGUUUCCGCAAACCACGAAGUGCUCCUCUGCGGAGGCACUCUGGGAUCUCCCCAGCUUCUCGAACUCUCCGGGAUCGGGUCUCGUUCCGUCCUCGAGUCGAUCGGAGUCGAGGUCCUCGUUGAAAACGACAAUGUCGGCGAGAACCUUCAGGACCAUAUCGGCGCCGCGCAUAUGUUCGAGGUCGAAGACCCAGUCCUCCUGGGUCCCGACCUGCGCGACCCGUCUCAUUUCCAAGCGGCGAUGGAAGAAUAUAAAAGAUCCCGCACUGGUCCACUGUCCGUGGGGGGCAUCUCCAACCUCGCCUAUCUCAGCUGUGCCGAUUACCUACCCGCCGACGAGAGGAACGGGCUUCAAACCCGAAUCGAGCGCGCUCUGGAGCAAACACCUCCCCAAAAACCGGGUCUCGAGAAACAAUACCAAACCCUUACGGACCUGCUCCUCAAUCCCGAAGAAGCAGGAGCUCAGAUUCGCAUCGUCCCGGCGCAGGUCGACUUCAGCGAGACCGCUUACCCCGUGCAGAACAUGUCGAGUACCUUCAUGGGAAGACACCCGGGAGCCUACAUUACCUUGCUGAGUUCUAUCACACGGCCCUUCUCGCGGGGUUCGAUCCACGCAUCCUCCAAAGACCCCACCGCUGCUCCGACAAUCGACCCAAAUGUGCUGUCUCACCCGCUGGACAUCGAGCUGUUGUCGAAGCACGUCACAUUCAUGGAGAAGGUGGGUCAAACGGAGCCGCUCGCCUCGCUGCUGAAGGAUAAGGGGAGAGUAUACUACCCGGGACUAGAGGAUAAGCCAGCCGAAUACCGCGCCAAACGGUACAAUUCGCUCGAGUGGCACCCCUGCGCAACAUGCAGCAUGCUCCCGCGCGAGCAGGGUGGGGUUGUGGAUCCGAAUCUGCGUGUAUACGGCACGAAGAAUGUGCGUGUCGUCGAUGCGAGUAUCUUUCCGCUGAUUCCACGCGGGAAUCCGCAGUCUCUGGUAUAUGCGGUUGCGGAGAAGGCGGCGGAUAUGAUUAAAGGGAACAUUAAAAUCGAGACCAUGGAGGUGGUGACAAUAAUCUGUUGGUCGGUGCUCCUCGCCAUCGCAUCGAGAUACACGAUCUGGUACAUUUUGACAUUCCGAAAAGCACUGCGCAUCGAAGGUUCGACUCCUCUGCCAAGUGUCCGGAUCUACACCCCUCGUUAUUCGCCCUUACUUUAUGUGAUCUCGCCUUACAUCGCACCGCUGUUCAAAUACCUGCCCUUCGGCUGGGGGAAAUGGAUGCGAUAUGCCGUUCGUGAUGGGACAUGGCAGCACAAGGGGACACUGCCGCGCAAGGAACUCGGAUCGGACGUGUACUGGCUGCUGGGACCUGGCGGUCCUCAACUAUGGGUUGCCGAUGCCGAUCUGAUCAGCGAGAUCACGCACCGAUGGAAAGACUUUCCGAAGCCUGUCAUGUACUACACGCAACUGCUUCUCUUUGGCGAGAACGUGCUCACGGCCGAAGGCCUGCUGUGGCAGUUCCAUCGGAAGAUUACAGUUCGGUCCUUCAAUCCAAAGAACAACAGCCUUGUUUUCACCGAAUCUCAAGAGCAGGCCAAAGCGAUGGUCCUUUCCUGGUCCAAGGAGAGCAGGGAAAAGCGAGAGUCAGCCUCAUCCGCGAUAACCGUCGACGAUUUAGAGAACUCGGUCACAAAAUUGGCUCUGCAUAUCAUUUCCGCUGCAGGAUUUGGCCAUCAAAUGCAAUGGCAUGGUCAUGAUUCCAAUGCAGCAGAAACUUCGAUGACACGAAAAGUUACCUUCGCAGAGAGUCUGAAGACAUUUGUGGAUGAGAUCUGGUUUCUCAUGAUAUUUCCAGCGUGGUUUCUGAAGUUUUCACCCUCGGCUCAUCUGCGAAGAGUCCACAAAGCGCCUGACAUUUUUGCAAAACAUGUUCAACAGGCAAUUAACGAAACAAGAUCUGAGGAUAAUAUGCAGCAAGAAUACAAAAAUCAGCAGCUACAACACCAACAACAAAAAUCACCCCGGAAAAAUGAUCUGCUCAGCAAUAUGAUCAAUAGCGGUGAUAUCUCCCAUGGCUCUGACAAAGGCGGUCUUAACGACCAAGAAAUCACAGGAAAUGUCUUCAUAUUCACUCUUGCUGGCCAUGAGACCACUGCAACCACAAUACAAACGGCUCUGGUCCUGUUGGCAGUGCAUCCUGAGCUCCAGCAAGAGAUCCACGAGGAACUGGAUGUGAUUUACAGAGGAAAGUUGGAAGGCGAAGGACUCGUUUAUGAGUCAGAUUAUCCAAAGAUGAGACGUGUUAUGGCCUUGAUGCUGGAAACCCUCCGCUUAUUCCCGGCGAUAUCCGGUAUUCCCAAAUGGACCAGCAACAAACAUCAGAUUGCACACUACAAUGGCCAAACAUUCGAUAUCCCCCCGGAUACCAGUAUUGUGCUGGACGUUGUGGCCGUCCACCGCAAUCCUCGAUACUGGGGGGAAGAUGCAAAUGUUUUCCGCCCUUCACGUUGGCUCAUGGAUGAGACGUACAAGCCACCGACGAACUCGGCGAGCCACUCAACCCAUCACUCAAAUAUGUUAUGUCCCCAGAAGGGCGCUUUUAUCGUCUUCAGCGAUGGUCAUCGCGAUUGUCUGGGCAAAGGGUUUGCACAGGCGGAAUUCUGUGCGGUGAUUGCGACAUUACUGAAAGAUUACUCGAUCGAGUUGGUACCGCCCGAGGGGUCUACACCAUCCGAUGCCGUAUGGAGCACGAUGUGUCAAAAUGCAUGGAAGGCUCUGGACGAUAGAAGAAAUAUGACGAGCUUCAAAAUCCAGCAGACGCCUGCUUCUACACCUGGCGCUGAAUUCGCCCAGCCUCCGGUACCGCCCUCCAUCCCUAACACCCUUGAACGUGUGACGACUGCGUCACUGGUCUGCCUGAUACGCCGUGGUGUCACAUGA